GGUGGCGGGAAAGCGCUUCCAUAACUGCGUCUACUAGCGGUAGGCGAGUGAAGAAAUGAAAGCGAAGCAGUCUCGAAAUGGAUGCAGCCUACCAAACUCACUGACAAUGUUGAGAUUCGAUUUUGGCACGAAGAUUGCGCCAAAUCGCUCAUAUGGAUUGGCAACAUUUUCCUUGGAAUAGAGAAAUUAAGUGUCGAAAUGUCCAUGGAAGACAGAGGUGGUCUGCAAAAGCCCAGAGAAAUAGAGACAAACUGAUUUAAUACAUUUCCAACCAUGGAAAGCGAUAAUGGUGCCGUGAGAGAAGGUGUGUUGGUACCUGUGCUACCAGGUUCGAAAAAGUUCGACAACAGCAUUCGGCCUCCACUGCAAAACUCGUACAUGUACAAGGAGUCUAAGCAGUCUUUCAGAUACAACUCUGCUUUCUUGAUAAACAAUGCUACUCUGCAGGAACGGUAUGAGGCUUUCAGAACAAAGAGAAGAGACAUGGGAUACACAGAGGAAGAAAUGGAGGAGUCCUAUGGCUUCUUGCUGUUUGACGACGAAAAUAAGGCAAAUAGAGUGGGAGAAACUGGUGUUGUCCCUGGACACAGCACAUGUACCACACUUGGAGAUCCUUCAAAGGGUGUGUACGUGUCCAAGUACUCGGACUGCCUGGACUUAAACCGCUGGUACCACGGGAAGUCUGGAUACAUCACCAUCAUCAGGCUCACCAAGGGCAGGGUCAGAGAAGUGACUGAGAACUACACAGUAAACUACACCUCUCCCUCUAAUGGGUUUGACUGUCAUGUAUCAGAGCAGCUCAGUUCUGUGUCAGCCAACACCAGCUCCUUCCUGGCCUUCGAGAGAACACAGUACUACAUGUAUGAGCUGCCUGUUGGAGGGGCAGUCCAGCCUCCCAGCCAUGUCUGCCCAUUCGCUAUCGUGGCUUUCUCCUAUUGGGAUACCAAGACACCCGCAUCAGAGGAGAAGGAGAAAAGUGAGGAAGAAAAAACAGUCUUUCACUACUAUCCGUGGAGGGGCCAGCUCCAAAUCAGCUCUCAGAUCUACCAUGUGGGUCUGAAGUCCAGCACAGGACCCCUAAUCCCAGCUAAACUUCCAACAAUGAUGUCAGUUGACGGAGCAAUUCAAAUGUCAGAUCUGAGGCAGAAAUUACCGAAGGCUAUAUUUGAAACCUGUUUCUCCGGUGAAGUGUCUCUGGAAGGAAUGGGUUGCAGUCUGUAUGAGCUUUCACCCAGUGAGGCUGAAGACACCUCUCUCUCUCAGCUCACACAGGGCCUCAAGGAGAAAGACCUGGCCCUCACAAUACAACUGAAUGAUAAUGGUUUUCUUAUACUGUUACAUUCAUCUCACUUCCUCACUUAUGAAGAUACUGGGUCCAGUAAGCCAGAGGUAUUGCAGGGGAUGUUUGUGUUUCCAGACUCCAGAGCUAUACAUAGAGACACCAAGGUCUGCUGGAAGAAGCCCUUCCUCUCACCAGAGUGCCUCCAGGUGGUGCCUGCACUGAACUACGCAGAGACAGAGGUGGAAAAGUGCCUCCCUUCACCAAGCGGGGAGCUACGUGGUUUACUAGAGCAGCAUAUCCAGAGCUACGCUUCCCUCAUCCACCCUGGGCUUACCAUCAGUCCAUCCAGGGAGGCCAGCAUCUUCCCAGAUCAGUUUGACGUUCCGGACGCCCUCAAAUACCUAUACUCCGCCCCCAAGUGGACUGAGAUGGGAUGGAAACGUCUCAAAUCUUAUUUCCACCAGCCUGGCUCCUUUGAGCUGUCGGUGUCCAGAGCCACGGAGCUUCUGGUGGCAGGGCGAGAGGAGCGAGGAGAUGAGCCGGAUGAUGAUGUCUACUACUGUCUGUCAUCUCCAGAGGGGUCCCCCAUGAGUCCUGCUAGUCUGGGUGGCCCAGAGGAGCAGCAGUCAGGGGGAAAGUCCCCAGGAGACACAGCUGACACAGCAGCAGACUUUAGUAAAGCACUUGCAGUGUCAAUGGAGGACUUUGAGAAACCUGGUAAGACUAUGGAAGACAGUAAUGCACCAGACAAAGCAGUAAAGGAAGGGAAUAACUUGCUUUUGAAGGAAGUGCAAGAAAGGUUGCCCUCUGAUCUUAGCAAGCCUCUAAUCCCUGCAGAGGAUUUUGCGAAACCUGACUUGAACAAGGCACACAGUAAAGCACCAGGGACAACUUUGCCUCCAAAAGAGGUGCAGGAGGAGCUCACCUCUGAUCUUUCUCAGCCUUCUGUGUCGGCAGAUGACUCUGAAAAACCUGGGAAGACCAAGGCUGACUGUAAUGCACCAGGGGUAAGAACAGAGGAUGAAGGGACAAGUUUGAUCCCAGAGGAGGUUGAAGUUGAUGUACAAGAAAAGGUGCAUUCUGAUCUUUUAGAGCCUGCAGUCUCUGCAGAGGACUUGAGGAAAGCUGACCUGGCAGCAUUGGGCAAGGCAGACUGCAACGCACCAGAGGUAGGAGUAGCAAAUGAAGAGACUAACUUUUACCUGAAGGAGGUGCAAAAGGAUAUGCCCUCUGGUGUUUCACAGCUUCCAGUCUCUGCAGAGGUCUUGAGGAAAGCUGACCUGGCAGCAUUGGGCAAGGCAGACUGCAACGCACCAGAGGUAGGAGUAGCAAAUGAAGAGACUAACUUGUACCUGAAGGAGGUGCAAAAGGAUAUGCCCUCUGGUGUUUCACAGCCUCCAGUCUCUGCAGAGGUCUUGAGGAAAGCUGACCUGGCAGCAUUGGGCAAGGCAGACUGCAACGCACCAGAGGUAGGAGUAGCGAAGGAAGAGACUAACUUGUACCUGAAGGAGGUGCAAAAGGAUAUGCCCUCUGGUGUUUCACAGCCUCCAGUCUCUGCAGAGGUCUUGAGGAAACCUAGUCCGGCCCUGGCGACCAAGCCCAACAGCAAGGCACCAGAGGCAGGCGUAGAGGAUAAUAUGAAAACUUUGCCUCAGAAGGAGGUGCAAGAGGAGGUUCCCUCUGAUCUUUCCCAGCUUGCAGUGUCGGCAAAGGCUUUUGGGAUAGCCAGUAUGAGAGUGAUGAAAAAGGCUACAGAGGUGACAGAGGUUUCAACCUCACCUGCAUCAGGUGACCUCCCAACAGUGUUAGUCAUCACUGCCACUGAAAGAACUGCAACCGUUUUACCUCACAAUGAGUCCACCACAAAUAACUCCUCCAGUUUACCUUGCGCCAAAGUACAGGAUAAGGGCGGGAGUGCUCUCAAUGGACAACGUGGCAAGGCCAAUCAGCCUUCAAAACCCACAGAGGUCAGUCAUUCCUCUAUAUCUGAUUGGAGGAAACGGCCAAGGAAACGUCAUAGAUUUAGCGGAUUGUGUAAAAGGAUCUUGAGGUCUACAGUGGCUGACUUUGAAGAGAAAGAAAAAGAGGACAUGGAAAGUAUGGAUUCAAGUGAAGUCCACCUAUUGAAAAAGAGGAAGGAAAUGAUGGAUUUAAUUAAAGUUAACCCAUUGCAAAAGGAGGAAAGGAUGGAUGUAACCCAAGUUCACCCAUUGAAAAUGCCAAGAGAACUGAUGAAUUUGAUCCAAGAUCUCCCAUUGAAAAAGAAGGAAAAGAUGGAUGUAACCCAAGUUCAUCCAUUGAAAAUGCCAAGAGAACUGAUGAAUUUGAUCCAAGAUCUCCCAUUGAAAAAGAAGGAAAAGAUGGAUGUAACCCAAGUUCAUCCAUUGAAAAUGCCAAGAGAACUGAUGAAUUUGAUCCAAGAUCCCCAAUUGAAAAAGAAGGAAAAGAUGGAUGUAACCCAAGUUCACCCAUUGAAAAUGCCAAGAGAAUUGAUGAAUUUGAUCCAAGAUCCCCCAUUGAAAAAGAAGGAAAAGAUUGAUGUGACCCAAGUUCACCCAUUGAAAAUGCCAAGAGAAUUGAUGAAUUUGAUCCAAGAUCCCCCAUUGAAAAUGAAAAGCAAGGAUUUAAUCCACUAUCACCCAUUGAGAAAUAAAGAAAGUAUGGAUUUGAUUCAUGAUGACCAUCCUUUGAAAAAGAAGACCGAACGAUGGGACUUGAAGGCAAUCAUCUCCGAAUGUGGUAGAAUUUUUGUCCCUCACGGUUCAGAAGUUAUCGCCAAGGAUAUAGAAUCUUUGAAAGUUAAGGGGAAAGUGUUAGAUCACAAACAAUGUGCUGACGAGAUGAUGGUUGAAGCUUGUAUCAAAGUCCCCCAACCCAUAGAAACAGGAAAUGGACCUAACCUAGAGUUGAACAAGUCAGAUGAGAACAAAGAUUUGCCCAUAGGGAUGUUAGACAGUAAAGACAGUCUGCAUGAGGUCAAAAUGGCUGAUGUAGGCAAGAUGGCCUCUCUGAAUCCCUCAGAACUGCUCCUGAACAAAGACACGGAUUCUCCUUCCUCAGGAAAACACAAAAAGAAGCGUCAAUAUGUCGCAAUAUCCCUCAGUCAACUAAAGACAGUCCUUUCAAGAGGGGGAAAGAGAAAUAAACCCAUCAAUCCUGCUCCAGAAGAUCAAACAUCACCCGUGAACAAGAAAAGCAAGGCUGAUACUCCUGGCAUGGAUGAAAUGGAAAAUGUUCAUAUCAACAAAGCCAACCCAGACAGAACCACAGGUGCUGUUGAAGUUGCAAAGGAACAGACAUUUGGCCUAGACCCAAAGUUUGCACUAGCAUUAGGCUUGACUCCUACGGAGUUGAAUAAUGAUGCACACAAAUCUCCAGAAAAAAGUGAUAUUGCAUUAAAGAAAGACAUUCAGAGCAGACUGGACCUGGUCCCACCUCAAGCCACAUCUGACCAAACGUCUGAGGCUUUGCCUAGCUCACCUUCAACAACAGUCAUCUUGGCGAGUCAGAGGAGACCAUUCAAAAAGAAACACGAGCACGCAGACUCCAUUAGGAAAAAAUGGUGGUUGCAUUAUCGCUCACCAGCUGCUUUAGAAAGGGAGACAGUAGCUAUAUCCUCCCAACUAGUGACACUUGACCCGGAUGUCAGCCGUGUUGUCAGUAGGGGUAGGCCCUGCGAAGGUGCCAGCGCUGUAUCGUGCCCACCUGCAGAGUCUCUGACCCUAUUGGCCGAUUUGGCUCGCAGUACCAGUAAUGACAAGGUACUGGAACAACAGUCAGACCCAAAGGCUCUUGAGAAACAAGAUGACCACCCAAGUUUGGUGAUAAGUGACAACAGUGUCAAAGAUGGCAUCUCUCCUCAUGAUCCAGAUGGUGAGCGAGAGUUUGUCCUUCCUGCUCUGCUGAAGCACCCUUCUGCUGCUAGGCUUAAACUCCCCCCUCAGUCUCCGUCACCCAAGGGGCUGGUGGUGGGGAGUGGGGAGCGGGUUGUGUUAGUCUCACAAGAGCAUUCAUACUCACUGCCGCCAUCCUCUCUACUAUUGGGUUUGUCAGGUUCAAUCGUUCAAGUCCCCAUUUCGGAGGGACUUCAGCAGCAUCGCAAGGAUAUCUUUGCUGACGGAACUCAAACACUACGGGCCGUCCUGUGUCAGCAGAAGGACCAGAACAGGAAGGAACCGGGAUUGGCUCGGGAAUCCCUGAGCAAAGGAAUCGGGUGCAGGCAGAAGUUCCAUCGCUUCCGGCGGUUCAUUGAAAAAGAUGGCUCAGUUCAAGUGACACGGCUGUGGAAGGAAAACUAUAACUUUAAUUCAGACAGCAAGUUUACCAACGACCCUAAGGAUAAAACAGUUAUUAGAGCCCUACAUGGCCCAUGGGAUUUUGACAUUACGGACACAAAAGAACAGGUUCAGCUCAUUAUCCACAUGUGGAUAGGUCUUUUCUACAGCAGGUCCACUGCGAGGUUCUGCCAGGCAGACUCAAGUCUAACAUGUUUGGAAAAAAAGGAAUCUAUAGAAGUGGCUCAUGGAAUGGUACCAGCCCAGAUUCCACCUGGGACCAAGACAAGUUCCCCUGCUUAUAUAGCCCUCUCCAGGAUACCAGAACCUGACGUUUUGGACCUUAGUAAAAUGGGUAAAAAAAAAGCACAACCAUUAAGCCUGGAAGCUGAGGUAUUGGACCUUUCAAUGAAAACAACCUCAACUGUGCUAGACUCUCUAGACACAGAGUCUAAGCGGAGAAUAGAUUUGAAAAAUCAUCCAUCAUACCUACCAGCAUCUGGCCUGCACAAGGAAACCAUCUCUUGUCCAAAACAAAGUACAGGUGUUGAGUUAAAGGUUUACAGAGACCGUGUGGACAGCAUGAUGUCAGAAAAAUCAAGUGACCUGGGUGAUGAUGAAGACUAUGAAACCAACAACCAUGAGAAUGACAGCAAGGGUACCCUCCAAAAUGGUGUGUCCCCUUACGAAAGAACUUUGGAAAGUGAUCGAUCGUACAUACUUUUGUGUGAACAGGCAGCAAGUGUGUACAUUCAUCAAGAAAAGCUCCUGGAGACUCAAACUGCUCAGGUUUUGGAGGGCAACAACAAAAAGCUCCUGGAGACUCAAACUGCUCAGGUUUUGGAGGGCAACAACAAAAAGCUCCUGGAGACUCAAACUGCUCAGGUUUUGGAGGGCAACAACAAAAAGCUCCUGGAGACUCAAACUGCUCAGGUUUUGGAGGGCAACAACAAAAAGCUCCUCCAAAGGGAGGAGGAGAUGACGGGUGAUGGAGAACCACACGCAGUGUGUCUUAAAACCAUGGGCUCUAAGGAUGUCAAUAAGGAGCAACAACUUAAAGAUAACGAUUCGGUCAAAACAAUGCCAUGCACAGAAGUGCAGAUGGAUGGUGAUGCUGCCAAUAUGGCUGACACAGUUGAGCGUAAUGCAAAGGAAGCCAGAGAUGGGGUUCACGUUGUCAUCUGUGAUGGCAGUGAGUCAAAAGAGGAGAUGCACAAAGUAGAUCACAACGUGAAGGAUUCUGUUGAAGCAGAAAAACCAGAAGCAGUGCAUGCUGGGAAAGAUACCACAAACAAGAAAAUCACUAAAGCACAAACUGCUGUGCAUGUUGGGAAGGAUUUAAUUGAUAACGAUAAGGCACUCAAAGCAGUGCACAGUGAAAAUGUUCCCAGAGAUUAUGGAAACACCAAAGACCAGGUGCAAACUGCAAUGCAGGAUGGGAAUGAUACUAGAGAUGAGACCCUACCAGUGGUGAUUUGUGGAGAAGAUUCAGGAGAUAAAACACCACCUGUGGUGUGUGAUGGGAACACGUCUGUGGCUGAGACACUACCAGAGAUAUCACACACUGAAAAUGAUUCCCAAAAAGCAACACUGGCAGUAGUGCAUGGUGGAAAUGAUCUGAGAGAUACGACACUACCUGUGAAAUGUAAUGGCAAGCUGUACAUAGACGUAGAACCCACUGUAGUACAUGAUAUAAAUGGUUCCACGGAUGAGGAACUACCAAUGGGGCAGGGUGGAGAUGUUUCUGCUGGGACUAGCAGAGUACUGCCAGAGAUGCAUGGUGAGAUUAAAUGUAAAGAUGUACUGCCCACGCAAGUAUUUCCAGUAUGCGAUGGGAACAUGCCUUUUGUAGGCGAGUUUGACACACUCAUUCAGCCCAAUAAUGUUUUAGGAGUGGCUAAACAUGAAAUAAAUGAGGCUGAUGUACAAACUAAAGAACAGGAAAAAGAAUUGAUGCAGGGUCAGAGUAAAUCUGAUGAUGUCACAACUCAAAGUUCCACAACAUUCCCGCCAGGGUCUCAACAUUCUCAAGACGAGACAUUAGAAAGAUUGACAGGUCAGGUAGAAAUACCACUGAUUCCCAGGGAAGACAUCGCACACACAGAUGUUCUACAUUUAAUAGGUGAGGCAUCAGAGAUGGCGCAAGGUCAGGUAGAAAUUCCAUUUAUUGGAGUAGAAAUACCAUUUAUUGGAGUAGAGAAGAAUAGCCAGGAUAUCAAUCACACAGAGGUGCAUGAUACUCCCCCAAGUCAGAAAGAGACACUGAUCACAGUCUGUGAUAGUGCUAAUGUGUUAUCAGGUGAACUGCUAGCAAAAAUAUUUUCAAAGGGAACAGAAUCUGUCAGUCGAUGCCCAACUGUGGAUGAGGUGCUGUAUGGUUACAUCCCCAUUCCUGACAUCUGCAGUGCCUCCUUGGCCAUCUGUGAUGCCGAUGGGGUCAGCAAACCCCUCAGCACUGGGGAAGGUUACAGCAGAUGCCCAAUUCCUACAGAAGACGAGCCACCUUUCGUUCCAGGAAUUUCUUAUAACCAUCACACACCAAACACUGUUUUGUUGCCCAAUGCGAAAGACACCAACAGUCCCAACCUCGAUAGUGGUCUUGCGCUCAUUGAAAAUGAAAAGGAUCAUCAUGAACCAAGUCUUAGUCUCUAUAAAGCUAGGGCUGCUACUGGGUUGCACAAUCUGCAUAAAUCCAGCAACAAUAACAAACCAAAUAAUCUGGAAGCCAUUGAUAAUCGGUUCUCUCAAGUAUUGGCUGAUCCUCGCAAGAACCCAAUCGCCACUAGCACACCUCUCAACACUCCCUCAUCUUCUUUAAAGGAAAGAAGCGAUUACGAUCCAUAUUCAAAUACGCGACUUGCCGCUGUUGAACCAGACCUGCAUGCUCAUUCAAGUCGCCAUUCGCUGCAUAGUUUCUCUUACUCGUUUCCCAACACCCACUGUUCCUUAACAGAGAAAGCUGCCUUCUCUGUGCCAUCAAUCCACCCGGAGGUCCUGUCCAAUGAAACAACAUUAACUGGGAACUUUAGUGAAAUUGCUUUAGAAAGAGAGACUUGCUUGCGUCCUGAUUUAAGUGAGCUCAUCCUACAGUCCACCCGUCUGAGUAUUCCAGCUGGCAGUGGACCUACAGCAGCUUCUCAGAACCUUUCAGUGCACAGUUUUACUCAGCCCCAGCCAAACAGCCAGAAACCUGCCAUGAUUGUGAAUGUCUCCAAGAGUGAGGACAGCAGAGGACAGUACAACUGGGAAGAAGGACAAACAGAUAUUGACCCUAUGUCUUCAGAUGUCCUAAAAAGCAAACAAACCGAUACCCCUGUCCGCUCAAACACUAAUGCUCACCCUUAUAACACACAGUAUGCAACAGAGAUGAGACAGAUUGCAGUUUUGCAAGAUUAUGAGGAUGUUAUGGCUGAUGAGAAUGUUAUGGGUGAUGAUGAGGAUGUUAUGGGUGAAAAUGAGGCACCUUCUGUAGAUAAAGACAACAUUGAAUCCAGUUUAGAGAACAAUUGGAUAUCAGAUGACAAACAUUUAAGAAGUAUAUUCCGGUUAAAUAAAACAAGACUUGACUUCAUCAACUCUUUACGCCAGUCUCAGGAAUGGGAGCAAAGGAAAUUUGAUGGGGUUUUGGACUUCAACAAGCAAGGCACUUCCUCGUCAGUCACCAUUCAGUCUGAAGAAUCAGACAAACUACUUUCCCAUAUGGAAGAGAACCAACAGGAGUGGUUAAAGUAUUGUAGGGCUAAGAGGAGUGGCAGCCAGAUGGAUAUGACCAAGGAAGAAUACUCCUCAGUGGCAAAGCCACGCUUAGUUACCGUUUUGGAUCACAAAGGAAACAGAAUCACCUAUGAAAACUAUCCCGUUUUAAAACCUACAGCAAGCAUGCACACACGGACAGUUCCUGAAUCGAACAGACAGGGCUUGAGCAGUUUUCUGGAGUUCUCCAAGAGGUGGGAUGAUACACAUAACGCUGAUGAAUCUGAUCUUACUCAGUCAUCUAUGGAUCUGGAGACACUCAUCUUCUCAGAGAGAAUGAACCAGAUGCUAAAACAUAAGGGUAGUAGCAGCAGCAGGUACAUCCGAUCGAGACACCGCAGGUCAAACGUAGAAGAAAGAGCUUCCACCAGUAGCCCGGCUGUGACAGUGCACUUUUCCAGUCUACAGGAGGAUCAGGACGGCUCCGAGGAGCACUGGGAGCAGAUACCAUCACUUGCAGGACAAAAGAUCAGAGUGGAGAUGCCUGAAAGGAUGGCUAUGCCUGAAGAAACAGAUGGAGAACCUCAGCAUCUUAAGAAACUUUCGUGUACAAAGGGCAGUGAGAUGACGCAUGUAAAAGUUUCAGAUCUGGUUGUGGAUAGUUUCAGGGUGUACCAUGCUAUGAUGACUGAGGUCUGUGCAGGCAAAAAAUACCCAUCCAGAACUGAGAGACUCAAGAGAGAAGACGCAAAGAGAAACAGUUCGCCAAAGUCUCGAGCUCCAAGCAAAGACAAAGACUUCUGUGGGCAGAUGAAGGAGGACAUGUAUGACAGCCUGCAUGAUAAUCUGAACUCUGUUGUGAGACAGUCAUGUAAGAACAAGUUCAGGUUCUACAUACUGGUGACAUCAUCUGACCCAUUCUUCAGAGAGACGAAGGAGCUGUUAGAAGCAGAGGGCCACAUUGCGGUAGAACAGUCUCAAUUCUGCCUUGGAAAGGAUAGUCCAUUGUGCCCUCUACACAUCAUCUUAAGGAACGAAGAUAUUGCUGAACACAUUUGUGAGGUCCCUCACUUGCUUGAGUUGAAGAAGUCUCAGAAUGUGUUGUUUGCUGGUAUUGACCGUCCUGAUGACAUCGUGAACCUGACCCACCAAGAACUCUUCAGCAAAGGCGGUUUCGUGGUGUUUGAGGGAGCAGCUCUGCACACACUCAGUCUCAGCAACAUGAAGAAAAUGUCUGGUUUCCUGGAGGGAUUGAGUAAAAAAGGGAAGUGGAAAUGGCUCUUGCACUACAGAGACAGCCGGAAGCUGAAAGAGAAUGCACGGUCUAGUGCGGAAGCACAGGGCAAAAAAAUCUUCAUGGACAUCUGCCAGGAGGCUGGAAUGGUGGAGGUCUUACCCUACCAUGAAUGUGACGUCAUUUCAAGGGAACGACCCAACUACCUCCACUGUCUAGUUCGCCUACAGGUCCAGAAUGUAUCGGCUCGUUUACCUGUAUUUAUAACUGACACAACGGCAGACAAAGCGUUUGCAAAACAUGGGAUCUUCACAAUGAAUAUAAACUCUUUCCUGCUGAUUUCUCAGAGUGACACAUGCACUAUUUCUUAAGCUGAUGGGGAAGCUGUCCACAGAAGGCCUCAGUACAUCAAAAUGCAUUAGCAUUCUAUUUAUAAAGCCCUUGUUUAAGUUGUCAGAAAGUUGUCAAAAUGAUUUAAAUUAACCCAACCAAGAGGCCAAUGAGCAGCGGCAAAGAGAUACUCUAAGGAAACCUUCAAACCUCCAGAGGAACCACUCAGAAGGGGGAGGCCCCUUUAAGAAAUAAACAUUUCUAUUGCAAAAUCAACUUUUUGUGGAAUUCUUGGGAGUUCUCUCAGAAAUGUAAUACAUACUGACGAUCUAACCCAGAUCUAAAUCAUUGUAGUGUAAUAAUACAACAACAACAAAAAGUUGUUUAUAUCAAGGCUAAGAACAUUUACUUAGAUCAACGUUUUGGUUCCUUUGUGUAAAUUGCCUUUAAUUUCAUGUAGAUAUAUUUAUUCGUAAUAUUUUUUUUAUUUUUAUAACAGGUAGAUUGUGUAUAGAUUAACAUUUGCUUCGGCAUUAUAUUUCUUCAAUUGUGUAUUUAUAUGUAUGUUUGUAAAGACAUUUAUUGUACUUUUGCGAUAUAAAGAAAUUGAAGUAGUGUU